AUGGAGGUCAUGCCGGUCAGUGGGGCAAUUGGAGACGCGGAGUAUUACACUCAUAACCCCAGUACUGUAUUGCCAAACCGAGGUAUUAAAGAGGGUGCAGUGUUGCACAAUGACACAGAGUCUAUGGAGAAUCGCUGUCUCUCGGAAGAGUCUGAACGCCGUGAUGGUGGUGGUGGUGGUGGGCAAAGCAGAUCCAGUUUUGGUGUAAGUAUUAUUCCGGGAACGAUACAAAAGAGAAACGGAGUGAGCAAUAACCGGGUAUAUUGGUCCAGCCCGAGUCGAAAUGUCUCGCUGUCGCCGCCUACGGCACCAAACAAGAGCGUAAAUCUUCAAGCGAUACAGAUUGAGAACAAUAAUGACAAUCGAAAUAACACCGUUUUAGAGGAGACUAAGGAACAAGGGAAUGUAGCAGAGGCAACUGCUGUUCCUGAGGUGCCGGUGGAAAAAUCAACGGAACCGCAAAACCCCAAAGAACAAAAAUCAUGUUCCCGACCAUCAGUUGCGAAGGGCAAAAAGAUGGAGAAGAAAAAGGGAUCCACUCCGACUGCGUUGCACGUUCCAUCUAAACAAUCGACACGACCAAGUGUCUGGCGGACUAUUCGGGCGGAGAAGAACAAGACAAAACAGAGCGCGUAG